UGAACCUGCAAUGUGAUACUCAAAUGUAUAAAAUAUUCUGCGCUACAACCCAGACAGAAUACGUGCAAAGCGUUUUAAAAUUUUAUUAUAUAUUCAGCAGCCAUCGUACUCCGCUCAACUAGGUUUCCACUCUCACUAUCACUGCCAAUCAUUCAAUCACGAAAACUUGCGAUAGCCACACACAUACCUUCACUCCUAAAAUUCCAUUUUAACAUCAAAAAUAUGCAGUUAAACAUUAAAACCUAGUUGACUCAAACCUGUAUCACCGCUUUACGUAAAUGGAUGGCGUCCAUGCAGUUUAACCAGUUUGAAAUAGAUCAUUAAAGACGUUUAGAAACCACAUCAUUCGUAAGUUGUCUCGUGACGAGAUGAGACUAUUACGAGUAGUGCUGGCGUCUUGUUUGAUAACGGUGGCAGGAGUCACCCUGGUGGUCGGGGAAACCUGUCGUCGCGGUGACGUCACCACCAAGUUUCGCCGAUCCCUCUACGACUUAGCGUGCAAGUUGUACAAGCAAGUGGCGUCACAGACGGAUGACCACUUCGCAGUGUCCCAAUACUCCAUAUGGCUCGCCUUGGCUGGGAUGGCUGAAGGGGCAUCGGGAGAUGUUAGAGCCGAAAUAUUGGCAACACUCAAGAUACCUGACCCGAUAUGUUUGAGACUUGAAUACUACGAACUGGCGACGGAACUGGAGUCUUCGGCUGAGGAUGUGCGGCUAGAAAGAACGAGAUCUUUGCUGGUCGAUGGAGAUUUGAAAGUGAAUGAGACGUGGAUGCGCGAUGUUCGGGAAGUGGGACUCCUGGACACAGUGUUCACACCACAGGACAAGUUGCGUGAAUUGCUUCAAGUUAAUGAUUCGUCUUCCCACUCUAUCCAGGCUGUGCUCUCUGACAGUCUGGACUACUCCGGAUUAUGGACUUCAUCAUUUACAUCGAUAACCCCAAACGUGUCAUUCUACGAUGAUUAUGGAAACAAAAUUGGCACUGUUGAUAUGAUGACAACAAAAAGCCGUGUGAAACUGGCUUACAUUCCGAUCCUAAACGCAAAAGUCUUGGAACUGCCCGUCGGAAACAAUGGCCGCUACAGGAUGCUUCUUCUAACAAACCUCGGGAAGAAAUCAAUCAGGGACACAAUAGACGUCUUCCAAAGCACACUGAUAGUGGACAUCUUUGACCGUCUUCUACAAAGCAUAAUACCGUUGGAGAUAUCCAUUCCGAUAUUCUCAAUGACUUCAGAUCUGAGGUUGCGGUCUGCGUUAGAGAAUUUGGAGAUAAGAAAGAUGUGGAAAGAAAAUAAGGGGUGGUCUCCAAAUCCGGUGGAGUUCUUUCAGCGGGUCUCUCUGGACAUCAAGUCUGAAGGUUUGUCUCCAGCUCCAGGUUCGUCUUCAUCGAUCCUGACGUCAGUGGAGGGGGCUGCGACCGGCCUGGCUACCGCUGUGGGGAGAGAGUUUACAGCGAACCGACCGUUCAUGUUCGCUCUACUAGACGCCACUACAAGGACAUGUUUAUUCUCCGGUGCCUUUUCUAAACCAACUCAUUAAGCAAGAUUAAGAAAAGAUUUGGGUUAUACUUAAAUCAAUAUCUAAACAUUGUACCUAUGUGAAAAGAAAUUGUGUACCGAUGGCAAAAACAAAAGUUUGAACCACAAAGUCUCUGAAGUUUGAAUAAAAGCGUCUAAAUGGAAUACAUUAUUAUUACGUUUUACUUUCGCAACACAAAGAGGCGUGAAAAACUCGAGUGUUUGAAAACAAAAAUAAUCCUGAAACACAAUUUAUUCAUUGUACCAAACGAAUUUACGUGUCCAUAGAUUUAUACGUUUGACUUCUCGCAACCCGAAAAGCACAAUGGCAAAAGUAAAUCUUGGCGCUCCGAUAGUUUUCACAUCUAGUUUCUUCUACGAAAUGCGUAUAAAAGAGGCUGCUUUUGUUACGGGCCUUUUGUUGAGAACCCCUGACUCAAGGUCGGGUGUUUGCUUCAUGUUACCAAGUACGUUUUCACUCUAUUGUUUGAUGUGUUUUGUGUGAAGGUAGUUUAUUUAAUAUGUGAUUGUUAAAGUUUGGAAAAAUCUAAAUUAGGGUUAUUGAACGAGUUUGCAGGGUUUU